AUGCCGGAGCAGACUUCCAAGAGCAGUGCUAGUUCCAUGAAAGGCUAUAAGAAAGCCGUGACUAAAACUCAGAAAAAGGAGGAGAAAAAGCGCAAGAGAUAUCGCAAAGAGAGCUAUUCAGUGUAUAUCUAUAAAGUACUGAAACAAGUUCAUCCGGAUACUGGUAUUUCUUCGAAGGCUAUGAGUAUUAUGAAUUCACUUGUUACUGAUAUGUUUGAGCGCAUUGCAGCGGAGGCGUCCCGCCUGGUGCGUUACAACAAGUGUUCGACCGUCACAUCCAGGGAGAUCCAGACAGCAGUGCGCUUGCUGCUUCCUGGGGAGUUGGCCAAGCACGCAGUGUCCGAGGGCACCAAGGCUGUCAGUAAAUACAGUAGUUCCAAGUAA